AUGUAUCUCCUCGUAGUGCUUUCGGUGGUCACUGCGUCGGCAGCCAUUUGCCCAGCAAAUAAUGGCAUGAAUGAUACUAUACGUCAAAAAUUCUUGGAUGUUCAUAAUGAGUUGAGGCGGUUGGUAGCCUCUGGAAAAGCUGAAGACGGUGCUGGAGGUAAUGCGCCACAAGCUGCGGCCAUGCCUGAGCUGACGUAUGACUGCGAAGUCGAAAAUCUACAAAUCUCUGAAUCUGAACAGCUGAGGUAUAAAAAAGUUCGUAUCAAUAAGUCGUAUACUGCAGUUGCACUUUUCUGUUUCGUUAUUUUCGUUACCAUUCUCUCAGUCUUUAUUUUCAACAAAAAGAAACAGAUGACACAGCUUUUGUGCUGUCCUGAAAGUGAGAGUACGUCUGAAAGCCAAAGCUUAAAAGAAAUCUGCUCGUUGACUUUCACACUGAAGAAGAAUGUGCCUCCUCAUAGUGCUAUUUGUCCGACAAAUGAUAAUGGCAUGAAUGAUACUAUACGUCAAAAAUUCUUAGAUGUCCAUAACGAGCUGAGAGCCUUGGUAGCUUCUGGACGAGCUAAAGACGGGCUUGGAGGUUACGCGCCACCAGCUGCUGCCAUGGAUAAGCUUGUACUGUUCCUUAUCAGCUCCAAUCACCAUCACAUUGGAACAACUGUUGUUGCAGAGGAAAGAAAAUACACUGGAGAAAACCUUUUCAUGCAAACUCCUGCUUUCGAUAGUAAACUUGAGGCCGCCGAAGAUGCUUCGAGAUGGUGGUUUGCCGAGCUCGAAGAGUUCGGCGUAGGGACUGACCUUAUAUACGGUGAUGCCCUUUGGGGUAAAGGAGUUGGCCACUACACACAGAUGGUAUGGCAAACUACCACUGCCAUUGGUUGUGCAAUUCAAAACUGCGGUGCCAAAACCAUCGUUGUCUGUAACUAUGAUCCAUCGUGA